ACGAAUUUUGGAGGCAAAUUCCAGGAAAAAUGCAAGAAAAUUGUGACAAUUUGACUCAAAUAGGUUGAACUGGACUGCAAAAUUCCUCGCAAACAUGGGAUGGACUAAAGAUGAGGUGGAUAAAUAUGUGGCUAAAGUGGAAAGGAAUAUUGACAGCACCAGAGAGAAAAAUCUCAAAGGAUUUGCAUUUGCUCGGCUUUACAGAGAGGCCCGAGACAACGUGAAAGCCAAAAGACAUCUCGAAGCCUAUCUCAGCGUCAAUGAGAGCGAUUUCAGGGGUCAUAGAAUGAUGGGACAGCUGUUUGAAGAAACAGGAAAUCUUGAAAAAGCAUUACUUUCUUACAGAAGAUCCCUAGACCUGAACAACACCCAACAUGAUCUAGUCCUCAAAGUUGUGGAACUGUAUUGCCAAGUUCCAGUUGAUCCAGGCAGAGCAAGAGCCUGGGCAGACAGAGCAGCAAGACUCUACCCUGGCCACACAGCUGUGUUUAAACUCAGAAUGCAUCUACUGGAGUCUGUGGGCAAGAUUGAUUAUGAACAAAUGGAAGAUCUCAUCUCCGAGGAAAUGACCAAAAGACCAAGAGAUGCCAAGCUGCAUAUCAGGUUAAUCAAAGUUUAUGCUGCAACAGGUCGUUUAGUUGAGGCAUAUUCUCACUGUGCAUCCGUAGUCAGAACAAAAGCAUUUGAUGGUGACCAAGAAUGGUGGAUGUGUGCUGUUGAUGUUUUUGAGAAAUACAUGGUGAAACAGGACAAAAUGAUUCACUCUGACCGAGAUAUUGGGCCAGGACAUGUUAUCUUGGACUCACACGCACACCUAAUGGCUGCACUAUCACAGCUCUUGAAUCUUUUUAUGAAGACUGAAAAAACUAGAGAAACUAUCAACUUGUUCUACAGAUUAGAUCAUUGUUUAACAAUGGCACAUGAGAGAAAAGUCCGUAGCACAGCAAGAGGAAGUCACUCACAGAAAUAUGAAUGGGAUGUAGUUCUUACUGAGAUGAGAGGACAGUUGUACUUACACUGUGCAACUCUUAUCCUGAAACUAGCUAAGGAGAAUUACCUAACAUGGCCAAGAGCCCUAAAACUAGCCAGUGUGUGUUACACCAUGUGUGCCCAAGUGCAAGAACCAGAUAUUACUACUCCAUGGGUUGCUACAGCACCAAAGAAUAAAGAUGCACUCAGAUGGUAUCAUAUGGCAUGCUACAGGCUAAGUCAUGCAGGUCACCUACUUGAAGCAGUUAUUCACAAGUAUGGAGAAGAAUGGUUGGAUAAUUGUAUCUCUGACUGGUGUACUCAACAGGGUCAGGAAGAAAUUUUGAAUACAGUGUAUGGUGAACAUCGAGAUAAAUCAAAGUCGUUCCUGGCAAAUGAUGAAGAGUUUUUUCUUCUUGAAAUAAACCUUCCAUCUGUUGAACAGCUAGUCAAGUAUGAUGAAGUUUGUGUUGGCAAUAAUCCUAGGAACCUUGAGCUUAUAACAUGGAUAGGAUUACAUUGGUAUCAUUAUGAGCGAAGCAUCAGGCCAGGAGUGGGUGUGAUUGUUGCUAGAAUCUUUGACGGACUGAGGAUGGAUGUUCCCAACAUUGAACAAACUGCUGCAGAUACGUUAUGCUUAAGAGACCUUGAGGCCUUUGUGUAUGCCGUAAUACGAACAUCAGCAGCAAAGUUCCUUGAGGACCAAGAUUUGUACAUUCCUGAUUACCAACCACAAAUCCUGCCACAACAGUUGUGUGACUGUCUGACUUCACCUGCACAAGAAGAAUGGUGGUUGGCUGCAUACAACUUGUAUGCUGGUGCUGCAAGUGUCAGCAGUGCAGGCAGGGUAAGAGCAACUGUUCAACAAGGCCUAGAAGUGAUCCGUGCUCUUGGUGUCCAUGGCUUACAUGUACGGCUUCUUAUCUAUCUUGCUUUCAACUUUGGAGACAAGGCAUCCUAUUUGAAAACAGCUGGGGUCAGUCCUUGGUACUAUGAAGAACACUGGAAGAGCCUGCAAGCAAGAAGUCUUCACUACUGGAAAGAAGCUCUUAUUUUACUUGAAAAAAUUGAAAGAAAUGAAAACAUCCCUGUCAGAAAGGAUUCUCUUUUCCCCUUACUUCAGAACUCCUUAAUGAAAAUUGAUAUCAAGUUCAACAUUCAAAAAGCCAGGCUUAUCCUUGGUGAGGCAGCCCUGAGAGAAGGAAAGAUUGAAGAGGCAAUGGAAAUGUUUGAACAAGUCAAGACAACACAAGGAAUGUGGAACCUUGCACAGAUUUACAAGUACCUUGCAAAUGUUGAAGCACAAGCUGCAGCAUCAGAAGAUCUUGGUUCAGAUGCUCAGUCUGGUACACCAGCACAGGAGUACUACAACUGCUUGAAUAAAGCCAGAGAACUGCUGCUUGCCUGCUUAGACAAGGUCCCUAGUGAAGAGAGGCGACGACAGACUCUACAGGAUGAACUGAAUGACAUUGAAGACAUGUUGAACGAAGAUCCAAACAGAGCUCAAGCCAAUCCAAGAAAGCAGCUUGACUUCCGGCAGCUUGACUUCCAAGCGAGUCGCAGCUCCACCACCAUGUCAGACGUCCAAGAAUCAGAAGACAAUUUCUGGCUGGAACAGCCACAAGAUGCAAGUUCCAAAGAUUUGAUUGCCAAACUAAGCGAGGUGACAUUAAACAAUGGCUACUUACAAGAGCAGAUGGCGGUCAGAGAUCAACAUCUUCAGCAGCUCAACAAUAAAGUUCACAGCCUAGAGACUGAACUUCGUGAACUAAAACGCCAUGGAUUUUCAGGAUUCAUGAGUCCUACAAACUACCCAAGUCCUGCUCCUGUACCAAGUAUACCAGCACAGCAUAACUUGCCACUAUUUACUAGUCCAGUAAGUCAAGGGGCUGCUUCGUACGAUGCCAUGGCUACUACUCCAACAUACUCCCGGCAACAAACACCACAGAAUGGUCGACCACUGGAGUCGACACCCGUUGCCAAACCGUCAGUAAAAUCACGACUUGGACCGAGAAUUCCAGUCGUGACUAGCCCAGAGCCACCGAAAAUCGAUUCCAAGUUCUUUGCUGGACUGAGUCAAAAGAAUAGUCCAGAGAAGAAAAGUGAUCUAGAGCAGAGCGAAGAAGGCGAGUCAGAGCAAGGAAGUGUACGUCAUGAUUCUACUUCAUUUGAUGAUGGAAUCCACUUUGAACCUAUCAUCCCUCUGCCAAAACAGAUUGAAAAGAAAACUGGAGAAGAAGGGGAAGUUGUCUUGUUUAGUAAGCGUGCUAAGCUUUACCGGUACGACAAAGACCUAAAAUCCUGGAAAGAACGAGGAACGGGGAACUUGAAGAUACUUAGUGCUGUUGGUCAAACCCGAUUUCGAAUUCUCAUGAGACGCGAACAUAUCUUGAAGAUCUGUGCCAACCAUCUCAUCACCACGGAAAUGGAACUCAAACCUCUCCAGGCUGGUUCUCAAAACACUUUAGUCUGGAACACUGCUGCUGAUUUUGCUGAUGAAACUCCUAAUGUCGAACAACUUGCUGUAAGAUUUAAAAUGGCAGAGGAAACUGCAGAGUUCAAGGCAGUAUUUGAGAACUGUAAGGGUAAAUUAUCUGGUGUCACGACUUCUCCAUUCAGAUUAAACAGGAUAGAAAAGGGUAAAGCAGGAGUGACCAAAGAACCUGGGAGCUGGGAAUGUGGUAUCUGUUCCAAGUCCAAUUUGCCUAAUACUUUUAUCUGUGCUGCAUGUGGUGCCAACAACACUGACAACAGUGCCGCAGCUCCAUCAGCAACCCAGACGGAUGGUGCAUUAGUUUCAGGUAACACCAAGUCCUCGCUUUUUACUAAGUUUUUACCCAAGGCUGGAAGCUGGGAAUGUACUCAAUGUUUGGUGGUUAAUGAAGAAAAGGAAACUGAAUGUGCAGCUUGUGGUCAAAGCAAACCCUGCACUAAAGAUUCUGUUGUCACAGAGACAAACACUUCAAACAUUUUUACACAGCCGGCUUUCCACUUGCCCAAAACCGGGUUCGGCUCUGCAGAAAAAGCUAAAGAUUUUGAUAUUACUCCUAAAGGGGCGCCAAAUGUUUCCUUUGAACCUCAGAACAGUGCAUUUAACAAACCAUCAACAGACUUUUCAUCUGCAUUGCCUCAAGGAAAUGAAAAACAGGCAUCAAUUCAAGAGCCAGAUGCAACUCAGAAAUUUCCAUUUGAGUUUAAUCCUGCACCAUUAAAGCCUGACGAAUCGGAAGAAACUAGCUUCAAAAGAGGGGGUUUUGGGCAGAAGCCUGCACCCUUUUCUUUUAGCUUCAAACCAUCAACUUCUUCGAGUUCUCCUUUGUCAUUCAGUUUUGGCAAAACUCAAGCACCUUCAUUUACUUUGGCGCCAUUUGGUGUGUCUACCACCCCAAAUCCUUCGAGUCAAGUGAAUACAAGUUCAUCGCCAGUUGGUUUGUCAUUCGGAUCUCCUAGUAAUGGAACUCCUAAGUCUGAAGGAGCGCAAAACAAAGACGAUUCAAAGGAAGUGAAGUCUUUGACAUUUAGUACUUCACCAAGUAAUGCUUUGCCAGGAUUUGACAUUGACAAUGAUAAUGAAGAAGAAAAAGGCUCUGCCUCAGGUGAUGCUGUCGUCCCAAAUUCAGCAUGUGUAUCCUCAGAAAUGUCUUCAGCUUCUCAACAGACUGCACCAGCUUCGUCAUCUGUUCUUUCCACCAUCCCACCACAAUUGUUCUGGCAACAACAACUGGAAGAAAAGUUCAGAUUUGGUAACCUUCACAAAACAGAACCGUUAGCCGGAAUGGCGCCAGCAGUUGUAACACCCUCAAGUGGUAAACCCGAUGCCAUGUAUCCUGCGUCAUUUAUCUUAAGUAAACUUGCAAGCAAAAGUGCAAGUGCUUCUGUGGCAUCACAACCAGUCCAAGGAAUGGGUGAGAAUGCAGGGAAUUUACCAUCACUACAACAAAUAAAAGACAAGUCUCUGGCACAUGGGUUAGCUUCAAAGGGGCCCCAGCCUCCAGACUUGUUGAUGUCACUUUUACAAAGCAAACCUAGGGAAACUGUAACCUCCAGUAGUAACCAGCUACAGGGUUCGUCAAACUUUUCAACAGUUACUCCAGACGAUUCUUCGAAAACGAGUGAGGAUUUGGAUGACUACUCUGAUGACGUUGAGACUGAAUCUGAAGAGUCCGGUAGCUAUCAUUCUAGUGACGAAUACGACGAAGAAGAAGAUAACAGUUAUUCUAACGAGGAUGAUCUCAACAACACAGUGGUAUCCCAACCUAGUCCCACUACGCAUCAGCUUCUACCUCAAGGACAAAACCUGAUGCAAAUGCCUCCUCUAAUGAGUAUAACGCCUGGUGUAUCUGCAAGGAAGUUCUUAACAGCGCGAAGUCCUCUGAAGAAAGGCCAACCCAAAAAUGAUGAUUGCUUUGUUAUCUAUGAAAUAAGGGCGACAAUGACAGAUCGAGAUAAGGCUUCUCGACUUCUCUUACCUUUGAAUUUUUUCUAUCAUGCAAGAACAGAGCCUUGUCCUGGAUGUUUGGGCUGUGACAAUAAUGUGCGCUUGAAGAUGAAACAAGAUGUUUUGAAAAAACCAGAAAAAGACAACAUGGCAACAACAACUCAAUUAAAACCUGAAGACUCUGCAAAACCAUCUUCAGAAAAAGAAAAUCAUAUCUUUGGAACUUCACUAGGAGCCAAGCCAUUAUCGUUUGCAUCGUUUUCCACAACAGCUGGCGCGACGUUCGAGAAAAAGGACACAACUCAUCUUCUGUUUCCAAUGGCGGGACAGCAGCUUUUUGGAUCUCCAGUAAAUGAUGCAUCAGAUGAAACAGAUAUUUAUUUCAAACCUCUCAUUCCUCUUCCUGAGCUAAUCAAAGUGACCACGGGUGAAGAAGAUCAUACUCUGUUGUUCUCAGAAAGAGCACGAUUAUACCGUUUUGAUGCAAGUGCCUCCAUGUGGAAAGAGAGAGGAAUUGGAGACAUAAAGCUUCUGUUGGACAACAAAACUGGCCGAGGAAGAGUGGUGAUGAGGAGAGAACAAGUCCACAAACUCUGUGCCAAUCACUGGAUUACAGAAGACAUGGAACUGAGAACCAAUUCCACUUCUGAUCGGUCUUGGGUGUGGCAGACCCUUGCAGACUUCUCUGAGGAAAUGCCUUCUCAAGAAAAGCUUGCUGUACGCUUUAAAUCGCCAGAAAUAGCUAUGAAGUUUAAAGAUGAAUUUGAUGAUUUGGUUGCACUUGCAAGGAAAAACCCGAAAGAAAACAAAAAAGCUGGGAAGAUGUCUGAAAAAGCAUCUGAAGUAGGCAAGGAAGUGGGAGUUAUAAAUGAACAGGCGAGUGUAACACCCACUAGUACAUCAACAGCUUCAGUCUUCGAAACGCCUAACAGGGGACAGAGUUCAGAGGAAGUUGAUGGGAUAGAUUCUUUAAUGAACAAGUUUAAACCCAAGGCGGGAGCAUGGGAAUGUAAAGCUUGUCUGAUCCAAAACAAUCCUGGCAUUACCACCUGUGCCGCAUGUAACACACCCAAACCGGGGCAAACAUCAGAACCAGCACUAAAUAUCCAAACACCACAGACGUUUACCUUAGGCACUUCUCAGAGUAGUGGGUUCAGUACAACAAAAUCUGCCACUCUCCAGUUUGGACAACAACAACAACCGAGUCAACCUGAUGGCAUAGCUCAAAGUAAGGCUUUAGAAAAGCCUGUGUUCACUAUUGGACGAGGUGACGCCCCAGAGGAGGAAUUAGAGGAAGAUACCUACAGACACAGCCCAAGCAAGACGUCUCCUAACAAAACCCCUUCAAAAACUACUCCAACCUCAUUAAUACCUCCCACAAGUGGAACCUCAGCUAGCCCUGUUACAGGAUUCGCCUUUGGGUCAUUGUCCCACACGAAGUUUAAUUUCAAACUGGAGUUGUCACAAGAUAAGGAGCCAUUAAAAAAUUCUCUAAAGUCCCCACAAUCUCCCACAUCUCCAGAGUCCCCAGGUAGGCACCCAGAAGCUGAAGAUGAUAACAUUCAUUUUGAACCCAUCAUUCCACUACCCAAGAAGAUUACCAAGAAAACUGGAGAGGAAAAUGAUGAAGUCCUUUUUUGCCAACGAGCAAAGUUGUACCGAUUUGAUAAAGAAGGAAAUCAGUGGAAGGAACGUGGAUUAGGUGACAUUAAAAUCUUAAGAAGCACUAGUUCUGGCAAGUGCCGUGUUGUUAUGCGACGGGACAUUGUAUUGAAGCUUUGUACCAAUCACCAAAUUACGCCAGAAAUGACUUUGAAACCUAAUGCAGGAUCUGAGAAGUCCUGGGUGUGGAAUACGCUUGCAGACUUUGCGGAUGAAGUUCCUAAACAAGAGACAUUGGCAGUCCGCUUCAAGACUGCUGAGAUUGCUCUGAGCUUCAAAGAUGCUUUUGAAAAAGGAAAAGAGGGAAAAUCUCAACCCCAGGUUUCGGAAGGUGAAGGCGAGCAGGUAUCACCAAAGGAAGACGAUAGCACUCUAACACAAAAAAGUGAAGAGACGCCUUCAAAGCAGUCAACAGAAGAUAAAGAAUUACACGACAAAAGUUCUGUUGCAGAAAAGUCCAAAGAUGACAUCGAGAAGACCGAAAGUAAAAAGGAGGAACCCCAAUCAUCAGGUUUCCUAUUUGGAUCUUCAAACAUCUCAUCGUUGUCCUUCGCUUCAAUUGCUUCAAAUAUUGAUUCUAGUCUUGGAAUCUUAGGAAGCACUAAGAACAAGGAAGAGUUUAAACCUGGCGUACCACUCUUUUCAAGAUCUCCAGCUCACCGUAAAGAAAGCGAAGGAAGUGAAGGUGAAGAACACCAUGAAGAUGGUCCCCACUUUGAACCACUCGUUCCCUUGCCAGAGAAAGUAGAAGCACGAACUGGCGAGGAAGAGGAGGAGUUAAUUUUCUCCCAUCGAGCCAAGUUGUACAGGUUUGACCGGGACUUAAAACAGUGGAAAGAACGGGGAGUUGGUGAUAUUAAGAUUCUACUUCACAAAAAGAAUAGUCGUGUUCGUAUUCUAAUGCGUCGAGAUCACAUCCUCAAGAUCUGUGCCAAUCAUUAUGUUACUCCUGACAUGACUCUUAAUCCAAAUGGCACCUCAACUAAAUCAUGGGUUUGGAAUACACUUGCAGAUUUUUCAGAUGAAGAAGUUAAGGCAGAACAAUUGGCAGUUCGGUUUAAGCAUGAGGAGACUGCUCGAGAGUUCAAGGAAAAGUUUGAUAAGUGCCACGAAAAGUUGGUGCAACACAAAUCUGAAGUAGAUGAUAAGAGUAAAACCACUGCUGUCAAAAUAACCGAUGAUUCUCAAGAAAGUAUCGUUCAUAAAGAAGAGAAAGAUAAAAGCUUUAGUGAAGGAUCAAACGUCGAAGAAAAGAGGUCAGACAUUUCACCACAGGAAACGAAAGAUUCAUUAAUGGACAAGUUCAAAACGAAGCCAGGGUCCUGGGAGUGUGAAGUUUGUCUUGUACCCAAUGAUGCAGAUUCUACGAGUUGUGCAGCAUGCUCUUCGCCUAAACCUGGCGCUGAUACAAGCCAAGCGGUUUCAUCUACCCAAAGCAAGCCAGCGCCGUUUAGUUUUGGUGGACCUGAAGCUACUGGGUUUUCAUUUACGCAGAAUAACAGUUCAGCUCCAGUAUCAUUUGGUGGCGUUACUUUCGGACUCCAAGCAACUGACACCUUUGGUAAUGAAAGUGUACCGAAUGAAGAUACAGCUGCCGCCAAACCCGCUACCACCAACGUUUUUGGAUUUGCAGCAGAUUCAACUCCAACGCAAGAUACAAAGAAAGAUUCAUUAAUGGAUAAGUUCAAAACGAAGCCAGGGUCCUGGGAGUGUGAAGUUUGUCUCGUACCCAAUAACGCAGAUUCUACAAGUUGUGCAGCAUGCUCUUCGCCUAAACCUGGUGCUGACACAAGCCAAGCUGUCUCAUCUACCCAAAGCAAGCCAGCGCCGUUUAGUUUUGGUGGACCUGAAGCUACUGGGUUUUCAUUUGGACAGAAUAACAGUUCGGCUCCCGUACCAUUUGGUGGUAUUACCUUCAGAGUCCCAGUAACUGACACCUCAUCUCAAAAACCACAAUUGGUAUUUGAUAAUGAAAGUGUACCGAAAGAAGAUACAGCUGCCGCUAAACCCGCUACCACCAACGUUUUUGGAUUUGCAGCAAAUUCAUCCAAUUCUGCUAGUAAAGUGCCAGGAUUUACCUUUGGAUUUUCCGGUUCUGACCAAACCACUACAGACAAAGACAGUGUGUCCUCUGCUGUUAUGACAGAAGCCGUGAUUCAACCCAAAAAAGAACCCAAGACAGAAAAGGCAGAUGCUGAUUCCACAGAUGCUGCUGAAAAAAGAGAACAGGAUACAGUAGAUCUGGCUUUGACCAGUGUUGUCGAACCGAGUGAGGAAGAGAAACGCCGCGCUCGAAGUCUUCUCCUUCCAGAAGGGUUCUUUCUGUACGAACGACAACCACAAGCUCCUAGCAGUGUUGUUAAAGCCAAAACAACUUCUCCUGAUCGUUUACUAGUCGAAAGUAAAAUAACAACAGGGGAAGAAGCAAAGAAAAGCGAAGAACCAAAAACUGUGUUUGGAUCUUCAUCAGGGCUAUCAUUUUCUUCAUUUUCGGAUGUGUCCACUGACAAGGGCUUUCAGUUUGGUAAGCAAAAAUCAAGUAAAGGAUUUGCGGGACAAGGCACACAGCUGUUCAGCUCGCCACGAGGCACCGAUGACGGUACAGAAGAUGAUCAGGAUAUCUAUUUUAAACCUCUCGUGAGCCUUUCUGAGAUUGAAGUAGUUACUGGUGAAGAAAAUGAAGAAAAGCUAUUCGGCCAUCGAGCAAAGUUGUAUAGAUUUGAGAGCUCAGUUUCACAGUGGAAAGAGCGUGGAGUUGGCGAUAUUAAAAUACUUAAGAACAAAAACAACAAUAAAUUCAGAGUUGUUAUGCGAAGGGACCAGAUCCACAAACUUUGUGCAAACCAUGUUAUUACAACUGAUAUGAACCUGGUCCCCAAUGCCGGGAAUGAUCGUUCGUGGGUCUGGUAUACCUUGGCGGAUUUAUCUGAAGAAGAACCGACGGCAGAAAAGCUAGCAGUUAGGUUCAAAUCGCUUGACACAGCAAAAGAGUUUAAGAAAGUAUUUGAAGAAUGUCAGAACAUUUUAAGGCAGCAAAAAGAAGAGUGCUCGGUUUCCGAGGUCGACAGUACCAGUAGUGAGACAGAUAAAGAAGCUGUUAAAGAACCAAUGCAAACCUCAAGUACUAGUGGACGGCAGGGAGAUUCCGUUUCUGAAGUUGACAGUACAACUAACGCAACUGACAUCCAAGCUACAGGAGAACUGCAUCAAGUGUCAAAGACAUCUAAUGAGAAGGAAGAUAAAACAAACGAAGUCGGAAGCUCUGAUGAUGCGAAAUGGGAAUGUGGUUCUUGUCAUGUAUCAAGUAACAGUUCAAACAAGACAUGUCCAGAGUGUGGCGCUCCAAGGGAGGAGAAUAACGGAGAGAUCAACAAACAAGAGAUUUGUAAUACCGAAGAAAAGCAAGAGACUCCAGAACCUGAUUCAACUGUUUCAGAGGACAAAGACUCAUCAAAACCAGACCAGUCCGGAUUUUUGUUUGGGACACAAUCAAUCUCUUCGCUGUCUUUUAGCGACGUAGGGAAGGUAGGCAUUUUUGACCAAGCGCCGUCUUCAUCUGAAGCCUUUUCUUUUAAAGGACUGAACGAUCAGAAACCAGUUGAAGAGAAAGCAGAAGAUGAUGAUCACGACGAUGAAUACCAUCAUGAUGUUUCUGGUGACCACAUUCACUUUGAACCAAUCAUCGCAUUACCAGAGAAAAUAAAGGCUGUCACAGGAGAAGAAAACGAAGAGGUUGUCUUCAAAGAACGGGCAAAACUAUACCGCUACGACAAGGAACUAAAGCAAUGGAAAGAAAGAGGCGUCGGUGAGAUCAAAAUACUUACAGGAAAGGGCCAUUCUCGUAUUGUCAUGAGGCGUGAUCACAUACAUAAACUUUGUGCUAACCAUCUUAUAACCAUCAAUAUGACGUUGGCUGCGAAUAAUUCCGAUCGCUCGUGGAUUUGGCAAACCCUWGCUGAUAUCUCUGAAGAACAACCGAAGGAAGAGAUGUUGGCAGUUCGAUUCAAGACCGCUGAAAACGCCCAAGAAUUUAAGAAGAAGUUCGAAGAAUGUAGAGAUACCUUGGAUUCACCAGAUGUGGCCACUGUUGAAGCAGAUGAAAGUUCCGAAGAAUCCAGUGAAAAGGAGGAGCCAAGUUUGAAAGAGAAUGAGGAAAAAGGUAUAAGAGAUCACCAAGAAAAUGCUUCAGAAAGCACUCAGGAAGUUCCAUCUUCAUCGACGUCACCAUUAAAAGAAGCCAUGAUGCCAACAGAUAGUACUCAGUUGGUAGCUGGAUCGCUGUCUACAGCUACGAAAGAGGCGUUCCAUAGCUUCAAGACUGUCAAGAAAGAAGUUAAACAGUUUAGCAGUACCACAACCAGUGGACACAGAACUGAACAAUCUGCCAUUGCUAAUUCGUAUCAGGAACAAAACGUGGUGCAAACAGAUGGCACAAAGAUAGAGGAAAGUCGACAAAUGGCGUCCUUUGCUUUGCAAGAGAAAAAGAUCACUUCAUCUGGUGAAGAGAACCCAUUCCAAUCUCCACCCUUUUCACUGGGAGCUCGAGGAAUGAUGCAGCCUUCCAUUUUUAACCAAGAGCUCUUUUCCAGAACAACCCAGCCUUCUUUUUUCAGUCACGAAAUUAUGUCCAGACAGGGUGCAGGCCUAUUCGGGCGUCAACCAGUUUUUCCAACACCGUCGCUAGAUUCUACGAAUCAAAUGUUAGGAGCCCAAAGUUUUACUGACCAGCCCGACUCCUCCCAAGGGCCUGAUACUGCAAGUAUGAACCAAGAAACGGGACCUCAAGAUGUCCAACAAACUGAAACUCGCAGUGUAGAGAUGACACAGAAUAUCUCGUCCUCUGUUGUUACCUCGAGUGGAAGUAACGUAAUCUCGUGUUCGCCAGAAAUUACCAAGAUGCUACAGGAGAUCCAAGAUAAAGAUCAAAACAAUAUCAAAGAUUAGCAACUUCCCUCGUGUUUGGGAAGUUAGAAUUGAACUUAUUCAGCAUAGUAACAGUUUUCACGCGCGCCUAUUUAUUGAAUAAGGGGAAAUAAGAUAGGAUAGAAAGUUAGAAAUAUAAGUACUUAGUACUUAUAACUACUUAGAGCAGUUUUUGUAUGACUGUGAAAAGCUUGCGGCACGAACACGGUCAUAACACGGUAAGGUAUGCGCCAAUCCAGUCACACUGCGCGAUAAUUUACUCAUCAUCCAAUCAAAUGCCCGAAACAUGGCGCGAUCAGGGCGCGGACACGGUCACGCCAAAGUCGCGGCACUGCCAGACCAAUCAAAUUGCGCGAGAAAAAAAAAAUAGCCAAUUUAAAUUCUAGAAAACAUCACGGUCACGAAAUGGGACGCAUACGACACUGCGCUUUUCACAGUCAUACGAAAACUGCUCUACUUGACAAUGCAACCUAAGCACUUCGUAGUUUCCCUUGAUGGACAGUUGAUUUGAAUACAUAUCCUUUGUUUUUGUYCGUUCAACUGUUUAUGCCUACUUCAACCAAAAGGGUGUAACAAAGAUAGAGAUAAAAUUGGCCAAAAUAACAGGGUACAGAAUAGCGGGGUUGGAGUAUAUUUUAGAAAACGUUUUGCCAGCACUAAAAUCUUUAGUUGGUUAUGUUUAUUAAUUCUAUAAAUGCAUCAAUUGUUCCACGCUACUAGUCAAAAAGUUGGACCAUGGGCUGUAAAGAUUGCUAUAUUUUUGUAUAUUCGAUUUGGAAUUAGCUUAAUGCUACUUGAAUAUUAUAUAGCAAUAUUUACGACCCAUGAUCCCAAUUUUUGACCCCUUGAGCAUGCGCUUAGAGCAGUAGCGCAAAACUCUUGAAGCAUGUAUAGCAUAGGGUCGCAAAUUAAUUCCCAAGCAUAGAAAUCUGCCUGCUCUAAUCAUGCGCAUUAUUUAAGCAUCAAAACAGUUUUGUUUUCGCGAUAUCGUGUAUAUUUUUAUAUUGUAUAUUAUACAUAACAUAGGUAUUUUUCAAAUUGGCGGUUUUACAUCUUUUCGAAAAAAUCGAUAAAUUAUGAACCAAAAUAUUCAUCAGAGAAUAUCUUGAUGGAAAUUUUCAAAGUCGCGAAAACAAAGCUGUGAUAUGCCAAAGCUAUAUCUAAUGGUAUAAUAUUAGGGGAAAAUGAAAUAUUUUUUGUAAUAAAGUUCACUUCACACUCUU